AUCAAAAUCUAGUAUUUUCUCCUUCACUUUCUUCUUUCUUCUGUCCGCGGGUACUUCCAAAGAUUGUCAUGUCUGAACUUAGAGAUACACCGGUAAAAUUGUUUGGGUGGACAAUUACAUCUUCUUCGUCCUCUGUUCUUCCCGAUUCUUUCGAUCACGGCAAGGAGAAUUCUUCCUCGUCCUCUUCUUCUUCUUCUCCGUCGCUUCGACUACACAUGGUAUGUUUCCGAGUUGAACAGCAAAUACGUUUUUUCAUCAUCUUUUAUAUGCUAAGAAAAUGUACUGUUAAAGAUUCCUGUAGGGUUUUUGCGUUUGUUCAUUCAGACAACCUAUACAAAAGGAUGAACAACCAAUCUGAAACUAGUAACACCGAACAAGACUAUUCAAGUGUUCAGAUAACAUCUGAUCUUAACAAGGAAGCAAAAGAAACAUCCGAGAACAGCGAUGACCAACACAGCGAAAUCACAACAAGUACUACAUCGGAAGAGAAAACAAUUGACUUGAAGAAACCAGACAAGAUCCUUCCAUGUCCGAGAUGCAACAGCAAAGACACCAAAUUCUGCUACUACAACAACUACAACGUUAAUCAGCCGCGUCACUUUUGCAGAAACUGCCAGAGGUAUUGGACUUCCGGUGGAUCCAUGAGGAUCGUUCCUGUUGGCUCAGGCCGCCGCAAGAACAAAGGAUGGGUUUCUACAGAACAGUACAUGAACAUCAUCUCCGAGAAUGCUAGUAAUGACUAUACUAACAAUUACAAUAGCUCCUCAACGAAGAUUCUCAGCUUCGAGUCUUCAGAACCUUUUGUUACUGAGAACUCUAACCAUCAAUCAAGCCAUGCGAAGGUAACCGCCGAUUCUGUUUCUAAAGAUUUCAACAACUUCCAAGGAUUUCUUCCUCCGCAAGUAACAUCCCCUGUUUCGCCUCCUUGGCCUUACCAAUAUUCUCCUAACCCUAGCUUCUACCAAAUCCCCGUCUACUGGGGCUGCGCGGUACCAUUCUGUUCUACUCUAGAGACUUCCACAUGUCUAGGGAAAAGGACAAGGGACGAAACGUCAUUCGAAACAGUUAGAGAGAGCAAAGAUGCUUCUAUAAGAGCAAGAUUGGAUUCACAGUCUCAAAGCAUCAAUAAUGAAGCAAGUGUAGCUACGAAGAAUCAUGUCUGGUGUCCAGUACCGAUGAAACGAGAGAAGACAGAACAAUUCAGAUUUUUCAUUGAUGGAUCUGAUCAAACAAAGAGCGUCAACAAGAAAUUCGUCCCUCAAACGUAUCUUAACCUGCAAGCAAACCCUGCAGCCAUGGCAAGAUCUAUGAACUUUAGGGAGAGCAUGUAAUGUUAUACAUAUACUCAUAUAGAAUAGUUGUACGUGUGUUUAUUUAUGGAUCGAUAUUUAGUGUAUUGAUUGUUACCUUGUAGAAGAGAUAAAAAAAAAACAUUGUAGAUAUUUUUGUUGAGUGGUGAAGCUGCAGAAAGAUUUUUCUAAGAUCUAUCUUAUUUAUUUGCAACAAUCACCAGUUUGUG